CGGUUGAACCUCAAGCAUGCUGAACAAAAGAAGCCAGACGCAGAACAUAUUACAUACGUUCAUUGACACAAAGUGCAAAAACAGGAAAGCGACUCAGUGGUGUUAGAGAUCAGGAAAAUGGUUAUCUUUGGAGAGAAGGUAGUAACUGGAAGGGCAGACAAAGGGGCUUCCGGGGUGCCGUUGUAGUUUCUUGAUAGGGGUGUGUUCCCCCCGCUUGUGAUUUUAUCGUAUUCUAUUUGUAUGGGAUACCUCAGUGAAAUCCCCUGCCCCCGCCCCGCGGUGCACCCUCCCCCCUCCAAAGCUUAUGCCAGUCUUGUUAUUCUUGCGUUUGUAACCAUUCUUCACAAUGUGAUCAGUCAUUUACACUUGAGGUCAGUGUGAAACCCCUUGCAAAUGUGAAAACGUUUGAAUAUUUGAAGCCUCUAGUCUGUCUUGGGGUUUCCCUGGUAGGGGUGAAAGUUUCAGGAACGUCAGCUUCAUCUGUCCUCCAGCUGAAGACCAUGGACUGUUGGCCUACAAGAGCCCCUGGGUGUGGCCUUGGGUGGCCUCGCUCCUGAGGUCCUUGGCGAUGUGGGGGCAACCACAGAAGCUGUCUGGGCGGGCGCAGACGCUGCCCCGCUUCAGCACUGGCCCGACAGGAAGGAAAGAGAAAUGCGUCAGUUGUUCCAAAGUGAAGAAAAGUUGACUUCCUUCUCUCCAGAACAGGCCCCCCGUCUCCUCUCUUGAAGCAGAUGCCAAGGUAGCACCGUGAUCUCAACUUUUGGGGUUUUCUCGUGGCAAGAUACCUACCUGAACGAGAAAGAACCAGUGGAAUCAGCAGUGAACUGCAGCGACCUUUCAGGACAAAGGCUCAUUCCCCUUUCUCCCAUGUCAGGUGGGCUUUGCGUCUUCUUGAGUUAAGCCCGUGUAUGCGCAACUUCCUACCGUAAGGACUUGAAGCGCAUACAACUUGUGGAGACUUUUUUAAGAGAACGAAUGCAACACGAGGUCGGGGCCACGUGAGCGAGGGACGCCAAAGCGUGAGCUUCACCAGCUUCCCGGAAAACGCACGUCCGGUUAAGGGACCAGGGAGGCGAAGGAUCCGUAGACCCGCCCCUCCGUUCCCCUGUCGGGCUUUCUGGUGGACACGCAUGCGCGUCACCUGGCCUUUGUAAAAACGAACCGGCCCCGUUUGGGCCGGAACCACGGAGGCAAGAGCUGUUAUUCGCCCACCUCCUGCCUUACGUGGACCGGUGUCCUCUGUGGCUGUGCCAUACGCCAGCGAAAAGGGACGGCGCUUCGGAAAUUCAGAUCCUCGGGGAACUAAGAUCUACAAGUUCCAUCCAUUCUCCUGGAAAGUGGGGACCAAGGAGAAUCGAGGCUUUGCCACAGCCAUGCAGCGAUUACCAGCCAGGCUGGGCCAGAGCCCAGAGUCCUUGUUGAUUUGUCAUUUUCCCACCAUCUAGAUCAGAUGCCUUUUGAGAGCAGGCGCUGGCGAGAACCUUACUGAAGACUAGAGGCCAAGUGUGCGCCUUUGCAGAGCUCUGCGACACCCUUAUUUGUCAUGCAUCCAGUGCAUUUGGGUGUUGACCUGGCUGGGCUUUUAAUCACCAUCACUGCUGACCUGAAAGCAUUGGAGGCGAAGGUUAUUUUCUAAACGUCCUCGAUAUCCUUCUCACCGCCUUUCGUAAAUUUCCUCCCACCGGGGCUCACUUCCGCUUUGCAGAAAUUAUCUGCUUAGAGCCCUGCCUGAUUUAUAACAAUCUCUGGCAAGACCCCAGAAAAGAGAUAACACUCUUGUCUUCGACGGACCUCGGAGGCGGCAGCGGGGCCGGUGGAAAGGGUCUUCCGGUGGCCCGAGGCUCUGGGAGCCACCAGUCCAGCUGAGGGACAGCCUCUUGGGGCUUUCUUCUCCCUGAGGAGCGUGACGCAGUUAAAAAGGGGAAAAAAAAAGAGCCACAAGCCAAAGAGUUGCCAAUGACAUAGGAGAGGGAGCGCUUUCAAGCCCCCGAGCCGCUCCUGGAGGCUCUGAGCUCACCCACCCCCAGCCAGGGGGCUCGGUCGUGGAGCGACACUCAACACGGGUCCGCGCACGAGAGACGGAAUGGCCGGGGAAGUCAGUCUGAAUUCCCUCCAGGAACUGGAACGCGAGGUCAUCCUCCAGGUCCUGUACCGAGACCAGGCGGUUCAAAACACCGAGGAGGAGAGGAUCCGGAAACUGAAGACGCACCUGCAGCAUCUCAGGUGGAAAGGAGCAAGGAGCGUGAGCCCGGAAUACAAAGAGAAGUCCUGUGCACGCUGCCAGUGCCAGCUCGGGCUUCUGCUGAACCGGGGGGCCGUGUGCAAGGGCUGCAGCCACCGCGUGUGCUCCGAGUGCCGAGUCUUCCUGCGGAGGACCCGCGCCUGGAAGUGCACCGUGUGCUUUGAGGACAGAAAUGUGAAAAUAAAAACUGGAGAAUGGUUCUUUGAGGAACGAGCCAAGAAAUUUCCAACUGAAGGCAAACACGACAGAGCUGGAGCAAAGCUCUUGCAAUCUUAUCAGGAACUGAGCAACAUUUCCGUGGUUCCUCCUACCCCACCUCCUCUGAGUGAAAGCACCAGCAGCUCCCACAGGUUACAGGAACUUGGUCAGUUUAAAGGAUUUAAUAAGUCCAUGGAAAAUUUGUUUCUGUCUGUUACCACCCACAUGAAAAAGUUUUCCAAGUCCCAGAAUGACAUGACCUCUGACAAGCAACUCCUAGCGACGGGUCCCAGGCAGUGUGCUAGCCGGACGGAGAGGAGGAGCCAGUCUGACACUGCCAUCAACGUCACCACCAGGAAGCCAAGCACACCAGAUAUUCUGAAACCUCUCAACCAAGAGAGUCCCAGACACCUUACUAACCCUGUUUCGAAGCAAGAGGACGUCUCAUCCAGGCCAACGCCCAGCUCUUUGUUCUCAGGAGGCUUGAGACACGCAAGUCUACUUAGCAUUAACAGCACUUGUACAGAGAUGGGAAAUUUUGACAAUGCUAAUGUCACUGGAGAAAUAGAGUUUGCCAUUCGUUAUUGCUUCAAAACCUGCUCUUUAGAAAUAUGCAUCAAGGCCUGUAAGAAUCUUGCCUAUGGAGAGGAAAAGAAGAAAAAGUGCAAUCCGUACGUGAAGACCUACCUGCUGCCUGACAGAUCCUCCCAGGGAAAACGCAAGACUGGAGUCCAAAGGAACACCGUGGACCCAACCUUCCAAGAGACCUUGAAGUACCGGGUGGAGCUCGCCCAGCUGGUGACCCGGCGGCUGCAGGUCUCCGUGUGGCACCUGGGCACGCUCACCCGGAGGGUGUUUCUUGGAGAGGUGACCAUUCCUCUGGCCACGUGGGACUUUGAAGACAGCUCGACACAGUGUUUCUGCUGGUAUCCGCUGAGGGCCAAGACAGAGAAACAUGAAGACAGCAUUCUUCCAAAUAAUGGAGAACUUGCAGUCCGGGCCAAACUGGUCUUCCCUGCGGGGCCCAGAAAGCUCAAAGAGGCCCAAGAAGGGACAGGAGAUGGGCCAUCCCCUAACGGUCAGCUUUGUCUGGUCGUGCUGGGAGCCAAGAAUUUACCUGUGCGGUCAGAUGGUACCCUAAACUCCUUUGUUAAGGGCUGCCUGACUCUGCCAGACCAACACAAGCUGAAGCUCAAGUCCCCAGUCGUCAAGAAGCAAGCUUGCCCCCAGUGGAAGCACUCCUUCACGUUCAGUGGCGUAAGCCCUUCUCAGCUGAGGCAGUCCAGCCUGGAGUUAACCGUCUGGGACCAGGCCAUCUUUGGUGUGAACGACCGCUUGCUGGGGGCAGCCAGGCUUGGUUCCAGUAAGUCCGUCCGAGAGGAAGACACAGCUGGCGGUGUGGACUCAUGCUCUCAGUCAGAGCUUCAAUGGCAGAAAGUUCUUUCCAGCCCCAAUCUGUGGACAGACCUGACACUCAUUCUUCACUGAAGCCAAGGUUCCGGUCCGCAGUGGGAGUCUCGAGUGCCACAUGCCAGAAGGUGGCUGGACGUGUGGGUGUGGACACUCGCCGGCUGUAGCGAGAACAUUCCUCCACACCCCCACGUGUAUUUAUGUUCAACGGCUGAUGGUAUAAACAUGAGUCUCGGGUUGGUUUUGUGCUGAGGUGUGGAAAUGGUCCGAUUUCAAUAAAUGGUCAACACUCCCCUCUGUCCCCUGGUGCUUAUCAAAGAGUGAAACUUACGGCACAUGCAUUUGAAAGAAACAUUAAGAGCCCUGGCGGAUGUUAGGUCCCUCGCGGAGGCAGAUCCGGCUGCCCCGGGGAGUGCCGAGGGGACCACCGUUUCGGCUCGGUAAGCGCCAGGGUCCACCUGAGGGGCAGCAGCAGGUCUGGAGAGCACGGCCCCAGCGCCGCUCAGAUGCAGAGUCUGACGAGGACCCUCCCGCCCCGACACGCAAGUACACACCCAUGGCCACGGCUUGCCUUGCACAUCUUUUUAUUUCUCAAUCUGUGGUGCGGGGUUCAUCUGCACAGGACUCUUGCCCGGAAAGGAAAAGGACACAGCUGAGCAUGACAGGGCACCCGUGGCGAGACCCGGCAUUUCAACAACUUUUCGAGGAAGCGGUAGGUCAGGACAGGUUCUCCUUGUGGGAACAGAGACCGGACCAGGUUGGAAGAGUCCCUUCAUAGCUGGGGCCUGAAUUAUCCGAACAGCAUGUGUGCAUGGUUUCAAACAAGCAGCUCGGACAGAAAACCGAGCCGUGCAUAGUCCGUUAGGUGCACAGAGAGCAGAGUGAAAAGUCAUGUUCACAGAUGUGAUUAUAGCAGUUAAUCAACCUCAUCACUGCCCUCACGUCACAUCACCUGCCAUGGUUGCAUGGUUUUUAAUAUGUAAUUCUUUUAUUCUGUAAAAGGUAACAAAAUAUACAGAAUGAAACUUUCCCUUUGUAAAACUAAUGUUACAAACCCAUAUUGUCACAUAUA